AUGGCGAAUCGCACAGUCUACGAGCAGGCGACCGCUGGUUUCACCGGUGCGAAUUCCCCCAUCACCCUUCCGAACAUCCCGAACGAUCGGUCUUGGCGGAUUCCUUCCUACAUCAUGACGACCAUCACCAAUUCAUGCCAGUUUCAUGGACGUGACGACGAGGAUGCACCCGCUCACAUCAACCGCAUCACUCGUCUUUGCAGCACCUUCUCCAUUGAGGGGGUGAACCUCGAUGCUCGAUUUCUUCAGAUCUUUCCAUUCUCACUCGCUGGACGCGCAGCCGUCUGGUUCGAUUCUCAGCCCGCAGGCACUUUCACCACUUGGGCAGGUCUCCGUGAUGCUUUCUUAGCCAAGUACUUUCCACCAGCCAAGGCGUCUCGCCUUCGUGAUCAGAUCCACUCCUUCCGCAUGGAGCCUGAUGAGCCGUACUACUUGGCGUGGGAGCGUUUUCAGACGCUUCUUUCCCGUUGUUCGCAGCAUGGUUUGUCUGAUUGGGCGUUAGUUGAAAAAUUCUACAAUGGUCUUACUCCUGAGAUUAGAGCUCGUUUCGAUACUUCAGCAGGAGGGCAACUUAUGGGCAAGAAGACAGUAACUGAGUGUAACGAUUUGUUUCAAAGUUUUGCCCAUUCUGACAUGGAUUACAGCACUACCAGUAGGACUUCCAUUCCUGUUCGUACCUCCUCGGCCGGUCGAGGGGUAAACCAAGUUAGCUUGGAUCCAUCGGUAGCUGCUGCUAUGAUCGAGAGAGUUAGAGAGGAGUUGAGGCAAGAGAUGAGGCGAGAGCUGAGUGAGAUUAAGAAGAGAGUUGAUAGGUGUGAGGUCUGUAGGGGAGGUCACGACACGCUCGAUUGUCCCACUCUUACUCUAGAGCAGGUUGAGUUCAUAGCUGGUCAGUCUAGGGGUCAAUUUAGUAAUAAUAAUUAUCUUUUUAACUCCAGCUGGCAGGGUAGUGGUAGUAGUAGUGGAUAUCGCCCUUCUGGCGACCCCCCUGGUUUUCCAUCGAGUCAGUAUCAAAGUAGGGGGACUGAUUUAUAUCAGAUUGGUCAGUAUAGUGGUUCGAGUAGGCAGUUUGCUAGUGGAGGAACGACUCAGGAGAGUCAAGGCAGUGGAAAGACUCCUGAGGUUAGUACGAACAGGUUGGAGGAGAUGUUCACCCAGAUGAUGACGCAAACUCAGGCGUUCAUGAAAAAUCAGGAGCAGACGAAUAGAAACCACGAACUUCAGCUUAAAAAUCAAGAGUCUACUCUUUUAGAUCUUCAGAGGUCAGUAGGGGAUAUAGCUAGGCAGUUGAGAGAGUCCCCCUCUGGUCAGUUUUCAGGUACCACUCACCCGGUUAACCAUUCUGUGAAAGCCAUCACUACUCGUAUUGGGAUGAGUUUAGGAGAAGUCGCGAGAGAGAGUGUUGAGUUAGAGAGUGACGCUGAGGUAGAUGAGGAGAUAGAGAUGGAGGCCCCAGGUAAGGUGCAACAUAGGCUAGGCCCAACAAGUACCGCACAUACCGAGGAGCCUCAGGUUGAGUAG